AUGGGUGAUAACCAAUAUUACUAUACAGCAACCAAUGGGUUGUUAAACUUGGUGAUGGCUGUCAACAAUGGUGCUGCAACAGGAACGGGUAUCAAAAAACUAGUGGAUUUUGCCCACAAUUUGCAAGGACCAAUCAUUCCCACCCCAAUUGUCAACUAUUGUUUAUCUACCCAAGUCAAUAUCUUUGGAGGAUACCCUGGUCAUGAUGACUUGGCCCCAUCAAUAGUGUUUGCUGUUCUAUUUGGAGUCAUUGGACUUGUUCACUUGAUCAUCUUUAUUAUUGACCAAUACCGUGGCCAUUAUUUCUACAUCUCAGCCAUUUGGGUUCUCUAUUCUAUAUUCAAGAUUCUUGGGUUUGCAUUGAGAGCGCAAUGGUCCAAGGAUAUUACUAGAGUGCAAAUUGGUUUGGUUAGCGAAGUGUUUUUAAUUGUUCCUGCAGUGGUAAUAGUGCUGGCCAAUUUGAUCCUUGCGCAACGACUUUUUACAUGGAGACACCCCGUUGGUGGGUCAAGAAGAUUAUUUUGGAGUUUUAUGAUCACCACCUACAUUUUUGUGCUAAUUUUAAUUGCAGUGACGAUUGUUGCUUCGUUUGUGCCAUAUUUGCACUUUCUUAGUUGGGGCUCGUAUAGAUCUUGGAUCAAGACUGUGCAGUUUACUUCAAUUUUGGUCAUUGCAUACUCUUUGACAUCGGUGACUUUGAUUGCUUUAAGUUUCUGGUUACCCACAAAGAAGGAUGAGUUGAGAUACACCUACCAGCCAUGGUGGAUUGAGAGUUUUGGAACUUUUUACUUUCCUCAAAAAGGUGCCGCUCAAAAAGCAGAAGCCACAUUUAUGAAGAGAAACUCCAACCACAGACACGCUACAAGAGUGAUUGCAGCAACACACCACCAUUUCCACAGUGUGAAGGGGUUGAGCAAUAGCCGAGGCAACUUGACACACAAUGUCUCCAUGGGUCUUUUGAUAAUCACCACUGUGCUUAUCUUCAUUGGAGAUAUAGGAAGAGCCAUUGUUGUUUUCCAAGCGAGACAAAAUAGAUAUGCUAGUCACGCAGCAAACAAGUGGUUCAUGUAUGUAUGCUGGGGUGUUUUUGAAGUCAUCAUCAAUUUGCUCUACAUCAUUGGAAGAGUUGACUUGAGAUUCUACCGUCCAGAUAGAUUACCCAAAACCGUUCGAAACAUUGUUACUGCAGAGCAAACCUACUACCCAAGUUCAGACGAGGAGGAAGACGGGUUCCACAGAGACAGGCCAGAAACAUUUGGUAAAUUACGUGGCCGUGCAGAACACGGAUACAAGAACUCUGCUUCGAGACAAGAACCCGCGUCACAAUACUAUCCUUCAGAUAUGGCCUAUGGUCAACACAACGAAGGAGAAGAGUCGGCAUUUGAAGACGAUUCCGAGGAAUUCGACGACGAUAUUGAUUCUGAUGAAUGGGACUUUACUGUGCCAAAACAAGAGAAGAUCUCUACAAGCUCUGACGAAGUACAACCCCAUACCGGUACUGGUGCAGGUGCAGGUACUUGGGCACCAUAUCCUGCAAAAGAUCCUAGAUUUGACGAUGAUAACGAGUCGGAAUUCAAUUUCUAA